AUGACUUCUGGAGAUGGCAUGCAGCCGUGGACAAACCGUCAUCUUGCAUUUUUCGUGCAAUAUCUCCUCGCUGCAUUCGCGCAAAGCCUCCCAUUAUCUGCUAUGGGACUGAUUCUGAAUGUUGACUUGGAUGGCCGGGCCCACCCCGAGGAGGUCAACGCGUUCUAUGCCAACGCAUUGCUCGCACCGGCAUUGAUAAGACCACUACUAGGUGCCUUGUCGGAUGGAGUCCGGCGCUGCAACUGCGGUCGGCGGCCGGUACUUGUCCUGCUACAGGUGAUCUGGGCUUUGGGACUUGUCCAAGCUUCAGUGAGCAGGACACGUUGGGGCUAUUUUGUCGCUUACACUGCGGUCGCGCUUUGCACUGGUGCUGCUGAGGCUGUGCUGGACGGCGUGUCUGUAGAGCUGAUGCGAAAGACGGGGCGCUCCGCAACAGAGGUGCAGGCUAAGUCUUUUUCUUUUAAAACGGCCGGCAGCUUGGCUGCCUUUGCAGCCUCCCCGCUGAUGCUCAAAGUUUUUAGUAGCCACUACAUGGCGGUUCGGGUUUGCGCACUGGUGCCACUAGCCACCGCCAUCGCAACGCUGACCACGUUUCCAGCUUUUGAGCUUCCUGGCCGUGUAGGUGCAGGCACGAACGCACAUCCAGGUGCUUCAAGCGGCCAAAGACAGCUUUGCCGGCUUGUGCCCAGAGGUGCCUGGUUUGGUGCAAUUUUUCUCUUUGUGCGAGGGGCAAUGCCCACAGAAAGCGAUACUUUUUCCGGAUUCGUAUCUACAAAGGUGAGCGGCGUUUGGGUGUCCAUCAUCUUCGCCUGCUCGAACUUGGGGUCCCUGCUGGCACUAGUGAGUUUUCAGGCCUUGCCGCAGUGCCGGCGGCGGCUUGUCCCAACCAUCGUCGCCACGGCUAUCCUUUCUGCAUUUGUGGGAGCAGCCGUGCAGUGCUUACUGGCUGCUGCGAGCCCAAGCAUGCCCUGGAUGUAUGCCUUGGGCGCAGCAGCUGUUGGGGCCGUCGAUAGCCUCUCCUUCCUUCCGAACCUGGCCAUUUGCGCACAAUGCGCGCCUAAGGACUUCGAGGCUGCUGGCUUUGCCCUGCUGAGCCUUAUCCUGGAUCUCGGGGACCAGGCCUCGGCUCGCAUGGCGUCCUUCAUCGUCCAGGCCUUCGACCUCGGAUCCGCGGAGGACCGCUCCUGGGCACGCCUUCCUCUCUUUGUGGCGCUAUGUCGCUGUGCCAUGCUGCUGCCGCUUCCGCUUUGCGCACUUCUCCGAGGCAUCCAGCCAGUGGAUGAUGCGCAGGCGGAUCAGAACUGCCAGCUGGAAACAACCGUCAACGUUUCAGGCAACCUCGACCGAGACGCUGCUGGAUAG